AUAUGGAAUUCGACAAUUAUCGCAUUAUACUAAUAUAUCCAAUUGGGUACCAAAUGCAUGGUACUUUGAAGAUCCUAAUAUAUGGUAGUAAUCCAGGAUGGUUCCUUAUGCGAUUUUGUUUGCUCUUACCAUUAAUUCUAUUUACCAUCCUGAUUUCUGGUCUUACAAUAUUUGGAUUUUCAUUUAACAAAAGCAAUGAACAUGAAAUUACACCAGAAAAUGUCGAAAAAUAUCCAUUUCAAUAUUUUUCUGAAAUUCAUGGAUUCUUUCGUACAACAAUCGCUUUAAUGGAUUAUUCAUCAGCAUUUACUGGCAUUUUAAUAUUUGCCUCAAGUCGAAUACAUUCCGGAAAUAUGCCAAUGAAUGCUUUGGCGCUUCUUACGGCGCAAUUGGUCAUGCAUUAA